CAUGCAGCCAGUGGCGCCGCGGGGGCCCGCUGCACAUUGUGGUGGUGCACAGUGGUUCUGGUUGCGAUCAGCCUGACGACGCUCCUCCGGCCGGGCUCAGUUUCAGCCUCAGCCCUCGCGGUGCCAAUGCCGGGAUCCAGUCACACCUUGCAGCAGGGUCACCAGGGAUCCGCCACCCCGCCAAGGUGGUCGGUCAUUGAGAUACUUAGUCGAACUAAGCCCGGUAAGCGGGCGAGUAGAACCGGUGGCAAGUGUCUGAGAUGCCAGAGCAGCGAUUCGAACAGCAGUUCAAUAUCGAAUGCAACUGGAAGCGGCGGCGAAAGUGAGACCUCUGUGGCAAGUGCGCAGGCGCAGAGCGCUGUAUAUAGUGGUAGUGCAAUUUUGUGCAGUGUAAAUAGUGCAAAUAAUACGCGUAAGUUAAAUUUAAUUCUGAGCAAGUCGCAUCAAAAGCGAGGGGAGCGAUUCGCUGUUGGCACAAAUUUGCAAAAUAAAUUACCAGCAUCGAGUGCGGAUUGCCACUUAAGUCCAAGUGCCGAGACAAAUAUUCGUACCACAACCACAGCCGAUCCACCGCGAUCCCCGUCCUGUCCGCCGUGUCCAUAUAGUCAUCUUCAUCUUCCUCGUCAUUGGCAUCGGCAUCGGCACCGCCAUCGUCCUCGUCAUAGACAGCAGCAUCAUCGUCAUUAUCAUCAUCGUGGUUGUCGUUGUCGUUGUCGUUGUCGCGACGCGUCGCAGUCUGCAUCCGCAUCGCCCGCGUCUAUGCUCUUGCCAUAUCAAAUUAAUCAACGUGCUACAUUGUUGCAGCACUCUGCAACAGCAACAACAACAGCAACAACGGCAACUAUAUCAACUACAUUGCCACAUGUGCCCGGGGCAGCAGCAACAAAAAACGUAUCUCUGCGUGCCGUGCCUCGUAUUUUUAAACGCAAACGUGAUACGGUCCAAACAGCGACCACUGCAUCACCUUUGACCCCGCAGCAACAUCCAACAGUCGCAGCAGCUACAUCCACAACAACCACGCGGAUAUCGCGACUCGAAUUCAUACUUUACACGGAAGUCUACCAAGUCGAGGAGGAUUCGGUUUCCCCCAGCGAUUUUAGUCCGCAAUCCAACGUGGGGAGUGACGAUCCCUUCUGGCAAAACUACGGUAAGUGA